AUGACCACUGCUGCUUCCGCUGACACCACCCGGUUUAAGAAGAAGAAGAAGAAGAAGAAGAAGAAUAGUGCAGGGAAGGAAGAAGCUGGAAAGGUGUACGAGUGCCGGUUCUGCUCCCUCAAGUUCUGCAAAUCCCAAGCAUUGGGCGGGCACAUGAACCGACAUCGGCAAGAGAGAGAGACGGAGACGCUCACUCGUGCUCGCCAGCUCGUGUUCGGCAACGAAGGCCUUGCCGGUGCUGGUGUUGGUGCGAUCGGGGAUCUCAGUCUCGGGGGCUUCCGACAACGAGGCGGCGACAUCGGAGCGCCAUGCCUGCGGUUCCAACAGGUCUAUCCGAGCAUACCAACACGGCCAUCUAAUCCGCCACCAUGGCAGCAAUACCUACACCGACCUACUCAUCCGCCGGUCCGCAAUUACUACAUCGGUCAUGUCGUCUCAGGGAGUGCCCAGCGUCUCCCCAGCUACAUUUGUGCUCAUCGUUAUCAAGACACAUGA